CAAAACUCAUACAAAGAGCUUUUCCAAUGAGCAUUUGAUCCUAUAAUUUUUCUCUUUACACUCAUUUUCUGGAGAAUUUUUUCAGCUAAAGAAUUCUGGGUUUUGUUCGAAUUUACUGUUAAAAUGGAUCUUCGUCCCAGAAAACGACAACUACAGUCUAUUACUGGCUUCACACAAGCUGAGGUUGAGAAAAUGGAGAACUUACUAAUUGAAUCAAGAGAACAAGUUUGUGACUCAGAAGUCUGCAAGAAAUUGGCAAAGACGUUCACGCGCUCUAAAGGACGUGCUGGGAAACCAAUUGCUAAGUGGACUGAGGUCCAAGCUUGGUUCCACAAUAGGUUGGCAUGCUAUCCGUCAAAGGAUAAUUCAGCUGAGGCCAACCAAAAACUGCCUGAUUAUACAGAAGGAUGCACUUUGAAUAAAGCAAAUGAAAGCUCUCAUAUUCCAAAAGGCCAGAAAGAUCCAGCGCUGUCAGACUUGGAAUUUGAGGCUAGGUCUUCAAAAGAUGGGGCAUGGUACGACAUUGAUACAUUUAUCGCUCACCGGUUUCUCAACUCUGAAGAACCUGAGGCUCUUGUGAGAUUUGUGGGCUUUGGGUUAGGGGAGGAUGAAUGGGUAAAUGUAAGGAAGGCAGUCCGUGAGCGUUCCGUUGCUCUUGAGAAUUCAGAAUGUAACAAAGUACAGGUUGGAGAUAUUAUUUUGUGCUUCCAGGAGGGAAAGGACGAGGAAAAAUAUCUCGAAGCUCAAGUUAUAGAAAUCCAAAAGAAAUUGCAUGAUAUAAGGGGCUGCAGAUGUCUCUUUGUGAUUCGAUACACUGGUGAUGACACCGAGGAAACAAUUCGUUUGAGGCGAAUGUGUGUUCGACCAAGCAUAUUAGGGCGUCCUUGAUACAGUUUGAACUUUGAAUAUAGUAAGACGUCAUCAGCAUAUGCUGCUCAAAUGUUCAAUCAUAGAAAUGUCUCCAAUGAAGAGGAAACAAGUCAGAUGAUCGUAUUAUCUUACUCUAUUGAGAUAGCCGAUCCAAACUUGUUUGGGACCAAGGCAUAGUUGUUGUACUCUUAUUUUAUAGAUGCAAAAGAAAUUUGUGAAUUGUUGCCCUGGCGUAUAGACUGUUAAAUAGGAGUAUAUUUAGUUUAGCUUUUACUUGCCAACUAUGUCACUGAUUGCCAUAGUGGUGGAAACUAUUGUUAUGUCAACUUCCUUUAGACU